AUGUGUCCUCAACAUGCGUCCUCAAUAACGCUUAGACACACACCACCGACCUCCGCCCUCGUCCUGAUCUGCCGAAACGUCCUGGCUCUGCUCACCCCUCGCCCCGUCCUAGCUCUGCUCGCCCCUCGCCCGCCUGUCUUCGCGCACCUGUGUUCCUUCAUCCACACCCACGUCCUCCUCGUACACGACGUUCGCCUCGCCCCGAACCAUCUGCGUCUUCGUCAUUGCCGCCCUGCGCGCACUCAGCCGCAUGGGUUCUCUGCGACACUAACCUCCUCAUCCGCCCCACCUUCGGCCCCUUCAUCCGCCUCCCCUUUCCGCACAAUUGUCUUCCGCCAUCUACGUCCACAUCUCCCCCGCGCGUGCGCUCGCCACAUCCACAUAUCCCGCGCGCGUGCGCUCGCCUGCGCUCGCGUCCUCGCCAUCGCCAUCGCCGUGCUCUCGUACUCGUCCACCACCCUCCGCGUAUCGCCGCGCUCUGCGAACUCGUCUACCGCCCUCCGCGCAACCGACCUCUGUCCUCCGUGCAUCCGACCUCAACGCUUCCCUGCCUUCGUUGAAUUUGCCCUCUCCGCCUCCGCCCGCUCCGCCCUCCUCGCGCGCCCCGCCUUCGCGCGCUUCGACCGCCUGUCUUUUCCGCGUACGCGUCUUCCUUCCACCCACCGGACGCUCGCGCUCCGCGCAUACGAUCUCCGAGUCCGCCGUCCGCCGUCCACCUCCUCCAACCACCCGACUCACUCGCUCGCACAUGCGACCUCCGCCCGCUUCGCGCUCACGAUCUGCUCACCUCGCGCUCACGAUCCGCCCUGA